CCAAAGACGCGGAGCGGGGGGGGGGGGGGACUCGGAGGAGAGGGGGAUUCACUCCAUCUCCCUCUCUCUCCCUCUCCCGAUGAUCUGUUCUCCUUCGAGAGAUGGCAUCCUGCCCUGCCCUUCUCUGCUUCCACUGAUGAUGCUAUUCUCCUUCCAUUUCGUCUCCCCCUCGCUUCUCGAGAGUGGAGAGAUGCAAUCGGGUUGAAAAAACUACAGCCAAGCGCCAACUUUCUUUUAUUGUCCUCGUUCCAAUUGUUUUGGAUUUCAUUACGCAGGGCGCGUGCCUUGAUUCCUCUACUUUCUCCUUAACAGCUACUUCAAGCUGAUGGCCUUCACUAAUAAUGACAAAUCGCUCGUCAGUAAAGAGCAAAAUGAGCGUCAAAAGAAGAAAUUGGAGGCAAUGAUGAAGUUACCGGAGAAUCGGGAGUGUGCAGACUGCCACAGCAAGUUAGUAAAUUCCGCCAAUUGUAUGCCGGAUCAUUGUAUGCCGGUUAUUCUGAGAUGUUCUGGAAUUCAUCGCAGCCUUGGCGUUCAUGUUUCAAAGGUUCGAUCUGUAACGUUAGACACGUGGCUACCAGAGCAAGUUGCAUUCAUUCAGGUUAGUGGUUAUUGGCUAUUUUGGGGAUUAGGUAUGGGCAAUAUAAAGGCUAAUGAAUACUGGGAGGCUGAACUACCACCAUCGUUUACGCGACCUGGCGAGAAUGACCGCAGUGGGCUUGAAGCUUUCAUCCGUGCGAAGUAUGAAGCGAAGAGGUGGAUCGCAAGAGAUACUAGUGGUCCAGCAAACGCUGCAAGUAGAGGAGAGUCUCAUGGAGAGAGUGGACGAAGAGGAUCGGAACAGCGGUCCCCAGAACUCUCAUCCUAUGCUGGACCUGGACAUAGUGCGUAUGAUGGCACUUCCAAUAUUUCAGCAUUUCGCUUAAGUGGGCCGACAAUUAUUCUCAAUCCUAUCGUCGCUGAAUUAAAUGCAGGAAAGAUGAAGGAAAGGUUGAAAGCUUCUGCCCCCAGCGCUCCUAGUUUGAGAGGUCCACCUCAGUCUUCGAUUAAUGCCGUCAUACAGAAAGCAGAUGCACAAGCGGGUCCAUCUCAGAAAAGUGCGACAAGCGCGUUUAUUGUACCUGGAACAGAAGUUGUAGCUCAAACAGAUUUCUUCGACCUUCUCAACAUUGAUGGAGAAAGUGAUAUUGCCGCGGAUGAUAAUGGAUGGGCUGCAUUUCAAUCUGCAGAACCUUUGCCACUAGCUACGUCUGACGAUCCAACUACUUCAGCUGCCUUAACUGUAACUAUAGUUAGUGAUUCUAGCGUCACGUCCUCUUCCAAACCGAGGAACAGCAGUAUGACUGCUGAUUUGGAAGAUCUAAUCGCAGCUUCUCCAACUAUUUCGAUACAGUCUCAGACAGUUGGUCAACCAACCAGUCAGCCCAAGCCGUCUCAUCCUGCCAAGGACGUAACCAGUAUACUCAGCCUCUUUGAUAAUACCUCCUUGGCAUCCCCCUUCGCAAUUCAACAACAGCAAAUGGCAGCAACAGCUGCGACGAACAUGCAAGCUGCAGCAAUCGUGCAAGGACAAAACCAAACUAGCAUUGAUGAAAAUCCAGGUGUGGGAAACAUGCAAGGGAGUGCUUCUGGGCAACAGUGGCCAGCCACCGAUCUCGAAGCUCUUGACAGCUUGAUGUUGAAACCAGUAGUUCAGAAUCGAGAGUCAUCGUCUUCACAGCCAACGACAAAUGGGGUUCGAUCAACUCAACCGGGGGCAGUGGGUAUGGGAUCAUUACCUGCAGGAGGUUCAGGACUGCUUGGAGCUGGCUCGAUUCAGAGGCUUUCAGUGGCAGGUUUUAUUCCAGGAAUGGCUCCAAUGGAUUUUGGAAAUGGGACUUCAGGUAGUUCUGUUGGUCCGAUGAAUUCAAUGAACUCAAAAAGCAGCAGUAUCUCCAGUAAGUCGGAUUCAUCAAAACUUAAAGGUGCCGAUUACGAUUUUUCGUCCCUCACACCUGGGGCAUUCAUCUCCAAGUGAUGGUGAGCACCACGUUUGUCUUCGGCAAGAUUGUGAGUCAUGUCCUCUUGGUCGUUUAUACAUAUUAUUGCCUCACACUUGCCUUGUAUGAUAAGUGAUCGACAUGUUGAAGGAACUGUACGAUCUGGUCCGUUGAAUUUGGUGAUCACUGUUCAGGUUGACACCAGACUUCCGUAGGUUUAGCACUUAAAAUAUGGCUCAUCAACCAAGUGAUGGUGUUUAUGUGGAAUAAUGGAUUGUGUUCACAUUCCUUGAGAACAAAUUUCUGCAUGCAAUGCCACUAGUGAUGGCCGGGGAGCUAUUUUUCAAGGUGCAUAUUUUUUCGCCAAGGUUGCUCACAUUUUUCAACUUGAGCAGCAUAUGCAGUUUUAUCAUUUAAUGCACCUUAUUGUAAGAAUGCCGACUGAGUGGGCUACAGAAUUGGUCGGCGAUGUUCUCCUUGAUUCUUCUGAUCUCGUGAAAAUAUUUACCAGAGGUCCUUGAUAGAGAACCAGAGCGUGCCGGGGUACUGAUAGACGUACACAACAGAGGAUUGUGUUCGAACAUGAUACGAGGGGCACCGCCACAUGCAAACAAUAUGAAGAAUUCAAUUGAAUCAAUAUUACUUGUGAAGGCCUGUCAGAUUUUCA